CAAAGAAGGUGGAAGUGGAACCUGGCCUGGCAAUGUCGAAUUCAACUGCGAAUUGAGGAAACCCAAAAUUUAAAGUCGUGUGUGGUCUCCAAUUCCCUUUUGCGUUUAUAUGGGAAAAUCGAUCCCAUCCGCUCCCAGAUUGCAACAAUUCGCUCGCGAUAUCGCCUCCGCCAGCAGCCGUUCCCGCUCCCGCCGUCAGUUGAAGGCUGCCGCGUCGAAGCCGUCCCGACCCAUCUCUUGCCCAGACUGCACUGGAUCUGGACCCGACCCUCACCAGAGUAGAAGGCUGAACAUGGAGCCGGCGGAGAACUCGGAACACCGGCGGAGGGUACCGCUUGCUGAAGUAGUGGCGGAUUGCGUCCGGCGAUGGUUUCAGGAUACGCUCAAGGAAGCCAAGAAUGGUGAUACGACAAUGCAGGUGCUCGUCGGUCAGAUGUAUUAUAGUGGAUAUGGCGUCGCCAAGGAUCCGCAGAAGGGUAGAGCAUGGAUUAGCAAAGCAUCAAAGAUUCGGUCUUCGGUAUGGAAAGUUGGCGAUAAGCGUCCAGGUUAUAAUGCUAGUGAUUCAGAUUCGGAUGAUGUAGAGGAAGACACCAAAUAAGAUAGGAUGUGCCAACUCGGUUUACGUCUGUAACCAAUGACAAAUUAUUUGUGUGAAUUGCCGAUGGAAUUCGCUGCUGCUGCUGCUGCUGCUGCCUUCUCUGUAACACACCUUGAAUGAGAUAUGAUCAAAUCGAAAGACAAGUCGUUUUCUUGUCGAAAUAUUGUUUUCCAGGUAAUGUAUUAAUGUACCAACUCCUCAAGAAUGAUAAUCAUUUUACAGG